CAUGAGAGCGCCGCUGCCGCUCGCGCUGUGCGCCACGCUGCUGACGCACGGCGUCGCGCGCGGAACUGAUCUCGAGGCUUCGCUGCGCGCAAAUUAUGAAGAUCGCGGCAUGAUCGCCGAGAAGACGGCGGACGUCAACCUCUCGGAGCCACUGCGCUACCUCCAAGCCGGACCUGCCUCGUCCAAGCGACUAGUGGUGCUGCUCCACGGCAUGGUCUUUACCGCCGACACGUGGAAGUGGGUGGGCACGAUCGACGCGCUCGCCGAGGCCGGCUUUCGCGUCGUCGCGCUCGAGCUGAAGCACUACGCGGGCGAGUACGCCUCCGAGGCAGUUCGCACGAGCCUGCUGCGUAGCUUCCUCAAGGCGCUCGGCUGGCCGGCGAGCCCGCGCUCCGUCCUCGUCGUCGCCGCCUCGGCGGGCGGCUCUGUCGGCGCGCCGUUUGUGCUCGACCCAAAGACGGCGCCGAGCGUGGCAGGGUAUGUCUCAGUGAGCGCGCUCGGGAUUCGCGGCAACGCGAGCGGGCCGUCGAGCGUGCCCGCCCUCCUCGUGUGGGGCGCGCUCGACCAGCCAACCUCGGCUAAGGAGCAGGCGCACGAGCGUCGACGCGGCGCACGAGCGCACCUUUGCGGCGCACCAGCUGUGCGUCCUCCCCGACGCGCCGCACCCGGCCUACCUGAAGGAGCCCGAGCUCUUCAACGCGCUCGUGGUCCGCUUCGCCAGCAGCCAGACGGGCGCGUUGCCCGGCCGCGAGCAUUGGUCGCUGAGAGUGGCGGCAGCGUGGGGCGGUGCGGAUGAACUAUGAUCACUGUGCGUGUGGUAGGAUGGACCUCCAGGCGGAUCUCCAUGAUCGACUUAACUGUUCAGAAUCAGAUGAUAACACAUAACA